UUGGAAACGGAUGUGGGUGAACAGGCCCCCGUCUGAGGAGCCAGACAGCCGCACUCACCCCCUCGCAGAGUCCGCCUCAGGCACACGAACAGCAGCAGAGGAGCAAGAUGGAGUGUGAAUGGAAGCCAGACGAGCAGGGACUUCAACAGAUUCUACAGCUGCUCAAAGAGUCCCAGUCUCCGGACACGUCCACGCAGAGAUCCGUCCAGCAAAGACUGGAGCAGCUCAACCAGUAUCCAGACUUCAACAACUAUUUAAUAUUUGUUCUGACAAAGUUAAAAUCAGAAGAUGAGCCAACGCGCUCCCUGAGCGGGCUGAUACUGAAGAACAAUGUGAAAGCUCACUAUCAGAACUUCCCCAAUGGCGUCUCUGAUUUCAUCAAGAACGAGUGCCUCCAAAACAUUGGGGACACUUCUCCCCUUAUCCGGGCCACUGUGGGUAUCCUCAUCACCACGAUUGCCUCCAAAGGAGAGCUACAAAACUGGCCGGAGCUCCUGCCUAAGCUCUGCCUGCUGCUGGAUUCGGAGGACUACAACACAUGUGAGGGAGCGUUCGGAGCCCUGCAGAAGAUCUGUGAAGACUCUGCCGAGAUCCUGGACAGUGACAUGCUGGAUCGUCCUCUCAACGUCAUGAUCCCCAAGUUCUUACAGUUUUUUAAGCACAACAGUCCGAAGAUCAGGUCCCAUGCCAUCGCCUGCGUCAAUCAGUUCAUCAUCAGCAGGACCCAGGCUCUCAUGCUCCACAUCGACUCUUUCAUCGAGAACCUGUUUGCACUGGCAACAGAUGAGGAACCCGAGGUGAGGAAGAACGUGUGCAGAGCUCUGGUCAUGCUGCUCGAAGUCCGCCUGGACCGUCUGCUGCCGCACAUGCACAACAUCAUCGAGUACAUGCUACUGAGGACUCAGGACCAAGACGAGAAUGUUGCCCUGGAGGCCUGCGAGUUCUGGCUUACUCUGGCGGAGCAGCCAGUGUGUAAGGAAGUGCUGUGUGGACACCUUUCCCAGCUCACUCCGGUGCUUGUCAACGGGAUGAAGUACUCCGAGAUUGACAUCAUCCUGCUCAAGGGCGACAUUGAGGAGGAGGAGGACGAAGCGAUUCCCGACAACGAGCAAGACAUCAGACCGCGCUUCCACCGGUCGCGCACAGUUGCCCAGCAGCACGAGGGUGAUGGGAUCGAGGACGAGGAAGAUGACGAUGAUGACCUGGAUGAUGAUGACGACACAAUUUCUGACUGGAACCUGCGUAAGUGUUCAGCCGCGGCGUUGGACGUCCUGGCCAACGUGUUCAGGGACGAUCUGUUGCUGCACCUUCUGCCACUCCUCAAAGAGCUGCUCUUCCAUCCAGAGUGGGUGGUGAAAGAGUCCGGCAUCCUUGUGCUGGGCGCCAUAGCUGAAGGCUGUAUGCAGGGCAUGAUCCCAUACCUGCCAGAGCUCCUCCCCCAUCUUGUCCAGUGUUUGUCUGACAAGAAGGCCCUGGUCCGUUCCAUUACCUGCUGGACGCUGAGCCGCUAUGCCCACUGGGUUGUCAGCCAGCCCCCAGAUGAUUACCUGAAGCCCCUGAUGACGGAGCUGCUCAAACGUAUUCUGGACUCCAACAAGCGGGUGCAGGAGGCUGCUUGCAGUGCCUUUGCCACUCUGGAGGAGGAGGCCUGUACAGAGCUGGUGCCCUACCUGGCGUUCAUCCUGGACACGCUGGUGUUCGCUUUCAACAAGUACCAGCACAAAAAUCUGCUUAUUCUAUAUGACGCCAUAGGAACGUUGGCAGACUCUGUGGGACAUCAUCUGAAUAAACCGGAGUACAUCCAGAUGUUGAUGCCUCCACUGAUCCAGAAAUGGAACCAGCUGAAAGAUGAGGACAAAGAUCUCUUCCCUUUAUUAGAAUGUCUGUCGUCAGUAGCCACGGCCCUGCAGGAUGGCUUCCUGCCCUACUGUGAGCCUGUGUACCAGCGCUGUGUCAACUUGGUCCAAAAAACCCUCGCUCAAGCCAUGCUUCACCAGUCACAGCCUGACCAGUAUGAGGCCCCUGACAAAGAUUUCAUGAUUGUGGCGUUGGAUCUUCUCAGUGGACUUGCUGAGGGUCUGGGUGGCACAAUUGAGGAGCUAGUUGCUCGCAGCAACAUCCUCACUCUCAUGUAUCAGUGCAUGCAGGACAAAAUGCCCGAAGUGCGUCAGAGUUCGUUUGCUCUGCUGGGGGAUCUGACCAAGGCUUGUUUCCAGCACGUCAAACCCUGCAUCGCUGAUUUUAUGCCCAUACUCUGCACUAAUUUAAACCCAGAGUUAAUAUCAGUGUGCAACAAUGCGACAUGGGCGAUCGGAGAGAUAGCCAUACAAAUGGGGCCUGAAAUGCAGCCAUACAUUGCCAUAGCCCUGCACCAGCUGGUGGAGAUCAUUAACAGGCCCAAUACCCCAAAGACUCUGCUGGAAAACACAGCAAUAACAAUUGGUCGUCUUGGUUACGUUUGUCCUCAAGAGGUGGCACCCAUGCUACAGCAGUUUAUAAGACCCUGGUGCACCUCUCUACGAAAUAUAAGAGACAAUGAGGAGAAAGACUCUGCGUUCAGAGGAAUUUGCACAAUGAUCAGUGUAAAUCCGGGAGGUGUAGUGCAGGAUUUUAUAUUCUUCUGUGACGCAGUGGCCUCCUGGGUAAAUCCAAAAGAGGAUCUCAGAGACAUGUUCUACAAGAUCCUUCACGGGUUCAAGAACCAGGUGGGAGAGGAAAACUGGAGACGAUUCUCAGAUCAGUUCCCCACGCCACUGAAGGAGCGGCUGGCCACCUUUUACGGGGUGUAACUGUUCCCAGAGCAGUGUGCCUCAUCGCUGGGGUCAUUCACUUUGGGAGACAAACUAGGGAACCUCUUUUACCCAGGGAACAUGUUACCCUUUACUGGGGGGAAGGGUCUGCCUGCUGAGGGGAGGGAAGGGGUGCGGACCCCUCCCCGACCUGGUGGAUGGGGUGGGAGGGAGGUGGUGGCUGCAGUGCUCAGAGCCCUCUAUGCACCAGCAACAGGGGGAAAGGGACAGGCAGAACAACCUUAACAAUGGGAGGAAAAUUCAUGUAAUCACAUCUUAAUCUGUUUGUUUUUUCUCUAUUUCUUCUCCAAACACUUUACUUUCUGUCAACCAAACUACUCAUGAGAAAUGUAGGGAGAUUCGGAGAAAUGAGUUUUUGUGUAUCAAAAUGUCUUGUGCAGGAAGUGAAAGAAGAGCAGUCACACAUUUAUAAUGAUGUCAGCCAGGUAAAUGGCUCAUGGCAGUUUAGUUAAAUUGAAGAUUAUACUCAGUAAACACAGUGAAGGUUCAGGAGAUAUUUUCUUUAGAGAUAACUUAAGGCUAAGGAACAUCAGCGCAUAAUAAGAAUGCAUCAUAGUGGAUCCAUAUCUGGAGAAAGUGAUUUUACAAUGCUGCAUAUCACAGAGAAUACGUUAACGCCUAUAUAUUUGUCAGAUAAUUUCAGUGUUUCUAUUCUUUAGCAGGGCAAACGCUGUUCAUUGUGUCACUGGAGAGCACAAGGUUUGUUUUAAGGGGGCAGCUUUUCUUGGAAUAGGUAGCAUGCUUGUAUCAUUGUGAAAAGCUGUCGAAUAUUGGUGAUGUGCGUUGCGUUCAACGUCCGUCAUUGCCCUGUAAUAAGGUUCUUCUUCGAUCUUGCAAUUUAUCUGCUUUCAGUACUUUUUGUUUCCUCUACGUGAGAAUUACAGCAAUCAGCUGUGAAGUAGCAUGACUGGGUUUACAAAAAAAACAACAAAAAAAAGGAGAAAAUCCUGGCUGUGACGUAAAGGUGGAGUGAAUCUCUCAGUCUGAUCUUGUGGUGUGGAUGUGCCAUUCAUCAGCAAGCAUAUCUGAGCGCUAGAUGCUUCCCAUCCUUUCUAUUGUCUGAGCCUCGCGGAGGAGAAGCACACGGGUUGACAUCCUGAGUCGGUCGUCACCGUUUGUUUCUCGGACUUGAACCACAACAACACUAAUCCCGUCUUUAGUGACCUUUGGCUAUCAGAACCAUCCAGCCCAUCAACUCAAUGUUGGAUAUCUUUUAUUUUCUCAAUGUACUGAAAUUUCGUUCUCGGUUGUAUGGCUUCUUGUUCUAAAAGCAUGAUCUCGAGGAUGACUGUGUAAUGUUUUGGGUGGUUGUGUUUCGUGGGGUACUUGGAUGCUUUCAUCUCUUGCAUGUUGGUGGCCCCUCACACCCCAACAUAUAGUGGGGAGGGGAUUAUGGGAGGGAGGGGAGCUUCAAUUUAAGGUUUAAAAACCUUUAGGGUGGUGCAACACUGGGAAAGUUAUAACGUCACGUAAAUCUUGCUGGAGUGUUCUCCCUUAACUUUGACCCCCGUAGCUGGAUGUAUAGUUUUAAAGAAAAAGCUGUGAAACCACAACGUUAUUGUCCCUGGUUGUUUUUGCGCUGUUAUAUUUAAUUAAGUGUGUAAUUGUUUCAGUUACAGAUAGGCUGAAUGUAUUCCAUGAUGGGUUGGAACGAGAGGGAGAUUUUCUUUUUAAUCGUUUUUCAUUUUUUUUUAAUGCCCAGCCAGUAAUUUUUCCUCUGCCGGCCAGAGUAAUAACUGCAGUAUUUUAACCUGAUGCGAUGCACAUAAUAUGAACUUAAAUUUCAAAUUACAAGCUCUUGAAAUUAAUGGUAUAGCCAAACCCUUUGAAAUAUGAUUUGAGUGUUAACAAAGAUAAUAAACUAUUGCUACUAAUACUACGUAUCGACUUUAAAAGUUGUUUAGUUUCUCUGAUCAACUUAUACAAUGUGAAAUAUCUAACUAGUCUCUUAGAUUUAAUGUUCAUGGGGUGGGUGUAGGUUAAUUCCGGACAUAAUGCAUCAUGGAAUACAGAGGCAAAUACUUAAAUGUGCCACAUCGUUUUGUGUUUUGACGUGAUUUUUUGUCUGUCACAUUCCAGCUGUUUGGCAUGCAAAACGAUGGAGUAAUCACAGCUUGAUGGGGUGUGUGCGUGCUUGUGUGUUCACAGUCCGGUUGGUCCGUCAUUGAAAGAGUGUAGAGUCUUUAAACCCCCCGAACCCCCCCCUAGCCCUGCUGUGUGCUGUAUUUCUGACUUGACUGCUGCUAUACAUUGUAGUUGUGUGUCACUACUUGAAUAUGUGUUUUCUACGUGUUAACCUCAGGUCGUCUGUGUUCAGUGUUUCUGGUUUUCAUGGUUUCCCCCCAAUGUGUACAUGCCUUUUAUCCAUCUUCUCUCAACAACUAAAGAUAAGUUAAACUCUUGCCCUCCGUGUUAAAAGUGGGUAGCCAUGGGUGUGAAUUGACAUUAGUGUGAUAUGUGUGACACACAUCUAGCUGUCAAGUGUUACUACAACUGCAACGCAAGAGGGAAGAUUAAUUUGGAAACUUGCACAUACUUUAUGGAACUUUUAUCUAAAGUGAUUGUUAUCAGUCUACGAUAAAUAUUUAGUGUAAUAUGUACACAAUGCCUUGAGAGCAAAUACUUUGAGGCUUGGUUGGUGUUUUGCAAUAGGUAUACAGUAUGCUGUCUCUAAAGAAACAGACAACGCCUAAAAAGGCAAAGAACUAGGUUGACGACUUAUGGACAUUAUGUUAUGAAGAUGAUGUUAGAAAAAAUAAGUUUGACUUUGUACGAAGCUUUAUUGAAAAUUUGUAUUUUAUAAAACACCCACCAAUAUUGAGGAAUGUCUUGUCAAAGAACUCCGGUAUUCUCGUUUAGCCUUCAAACUUGAUUAGACGAUCUGCCUUCAUCUUUUUUGCUAAUAAAAGCAAAAACAUCAUUUUGAUAGACAUGGUUUGAGUUUUUUUAAUAAGCUGCUGAAUUUUAAAAUUAAUACUUUUGGGGCCACCAAAUAUUUUGGAUCAUGCAAAGAAUCUAUAUUGUACUGUAGUAAUUUUGUAAUAUUUGUAAGAUGAUAUAGUGAGUGUGACUGGUUACCAUUGCUUGAGUCUGUACAUUUGUUCCAAUAAAUUGUUUACAUUA